AUGCGCCAGCGCUUCACCUUCGGUCGCAACCGGGCAUCCACCCUCAAUUCGUCCACGACCUCCAUCAGCAACUCCGGGAGCCGCCCCCGAUCCGCCACCACGCCGGUCUCGUUGAAGGCCAAGCCAACGUGGGACAUGGAUAGCCGGUGCUACAACUUCACUGACGAGCCGGGUUAUUUCCGCCCGGUUUCGCCAUUGCUCGAACGUCAGGAAGUCGAGGAAGACCUGGAGGAUGAGCUCGUUCAUGCCUGCUCGCUGCUCGUCCAAAGUAUCGACCGCGGCCUACCCAUCUGGCCCUCCUUCCUCCCCGACUCGCAGUCACGACAAGCCGGCGGCACUGCGCCUUCCCCUCAAGCAUACACCAAUCCCCAGGGCCGCCAUCCCUCUCCCGCCAGGGUCCUUGACACUGGCAUCCCCGUCCAAAAGGGUAACCCCGACUCCGGUGUAGCAUUUAGCAACCCGUCCCCGAGAUUCUAUGGCCGCACCGGCUCCAAUAGCCUGUCGACUGCCAAUUCCUGUGCUGGAAAUGGACGAUUCUACGGAAAGCGCCUGUCGACUUCACUACCGGAAGAUGAGGAGGUCCGCGGCCGCUCGCGUGGUCGUAGCUCUGCCACGGACUCGACCUCGCCCUGUUCGCGCUCGCCUCGUUCGCGUUCAACCUCGUGCUCUCGCUCGAGAUCGCCGAGUCUGGUCCUCUUCCCGUACAGUCCACCCCAGGCGGAUGCCCCGUGGACACAUGAAGAUGCCUACGAGAUGAGCACGAAGCCUACAAUUCAACCCUUCACAGAACGAGAUUCCCCCCUCGGGCCAGAAGGCAUGACCUGGCUACGAGCCAGCCUCGAUAUCCAGCCCCGAGUCGACCACGACACUCCCAUCAACCCUUCCACGAACAAAAAGGCCAACCAACCCGCCCCGGCUGCACCCCGCCGCUUUUACAGCAUGCGCCAGCCCUCCAAGAAGAAGCUCAACACCCCCGAUUGGACUGCCUACGAGGUGACCAGCAGCCGCAACUCGAGUAUCCGCGGCAGCUUUUCGGUGCACAGCUUCUCUUCCUUUGACGAGGACGAAGGCGAAAAGUCCUACCACAACUUCUACCAGCUCUGCGCGGAUCCGGCCCGGGAGACAACUUCGAAUGCCGUGCCCCGCACCCACGAUCUCUACACCCCGCCGCGGCAUAAGCGCAAACGUGCCUCGCAUCUACUGAAGAAAUUGACCGGGCUGGGGAUGCGGAGAAGGGAACCUUCCAUGGAAGGGAGGAGAGUUCAUACCGCUGUUGCGGCUCUUGCAUGA